AUGGCGAGCGAUCCUAGGGUACACAAGCCCCGCCUGCCGAAAGCUUACAGCGACCAGCAGCUUGCGUUUCUUAAAAGCAGUCUCCCCGAGUUCGAGCGCCGCUCCCAGGGCUCCAUCCGCGGCGAUGCGAAAAAGUUUGCCCUCGAGCGCGCACAGGACUAUAUAGCCCGCUUUGGGCUCCCCGAUGAGUUUGUCGGUGUCGAGGAGCCGGAUUCGAGGUUUAAAGAGCAAAUCUACAACUGGUUCAAGAACACCGUCGGCCGGACACGCCGCAAGCUCGAGGGCCGCCCGCGCUCCGCGAAAAAGGCGGCGGAGAAAGCCGCGGCGCUCGCGAACGACAUCUCAUGGAAUCCCAGCGUGACAUCGCCAAAUGUGGUACCGUACAGCACACACGGCGAGAGCAGCACCGCAAGCCCCGUCAACGGCGUAUCAGGCGUCCUCCCCUCCUCCUCCGCCGCCGCUGCCGCCGCCGCACAAGCCCAUCAAGCCCAAGCCCAAGCGCACCAAGCACAGGCGCAGGGCAUGCUCUCGCCGAUCCAGUACGGCGCGCUCCAGCCCAGCUCCUCGAUGAGCACCGCGCUUUCGACACCUACACUAUCCACCCCCACCUCCGCGCACAACCUCACGACGCUCAGUCUCGGCGUGAACAAGAUAACAAUGCGCGAGUCGUUCUUGCAGGGCCUCGAGUCGUCCACGGUAGCGAACAUGGUGGCGAGCUUCGUCGCUGCGAACCCAUCUCCAACACCGCUCACACCCAUCGUAGACGCGCUAUUUGAGGCCAUUUCAGCGGAUGGGUCUGCGGGUGGCGUUGGUGGUGUCGGUGGCGGUGGCGGUGGGGGUUUGGGUGGGGGAGGGGGCGCAUCGCCGUUCAGCCGCGACCCGCACCCGUACCUCCGCCGCUUCCUCGACGCGUCAGCGUACUUCUCCAACUCGAUCGUGCAUGCGGGUGUAGCGGGCCCGCUGGCGGGCCCCCGCGCGCUGCAGAUGCAGAUUAGAAAGUAUUCGACGUGGAUCCCGACUGCGCCUGCGCGGGUGCCACCGAUGCCUAUGCCUAUGCCGCAUCAGCACGCGGGCGGACCACAGGCGCGCGGCGGGGCGCAGGGCGGAGCCGGACCACAAUCUUCCGGGGGAGUCGGAGGAGGGGGAAGUGGGAGUGGCAGUGGGCCCCAAGGCCAAGGCCAAGGCCCCGGCCCCGUCGUCGUCAGCUCCUCCUCCUCCGGCGCCUCCCUCUCCGAAGAAAUGCAACGCAUCGCAAUGGACCGCCAACGGCGCAAGGACCACAUCCAAUGGGCGCGGAUCCACGCCGCCGCACUCGAACUAGGCAUGCUCGGCAUGGGCCGGGUGAACGACACCGAUAACAGCGGCUACGCGUACGCUAUGGGUAGAGCGUUUUCGGAGAUGAUGGCGCGGGACGCGGUGUGGGAGGCUGAUGAGGUCGAGUGGGUUGCGGGGAUUUGUGUGUUGAGAGCUGUGAUUAGGACGGCGAUGAGGGGGGAUCGGAGGCAGAGGGAUGAGUAUGAUGAGUUGUUGAGGACUUAUGAGGGCAGGUGGAAGGAGAUUAAGGAUGAGGCAAGGCAGGCGGUUGUUACGUCGACCGACGACGACGACGGUGAUGACGAUGAUGAGUUAUGA